UCUAUGAAAUUCCUCGUUGAAGCUAUUGUGCUUGGCGGGCUCGAACAGUUGCGGGAGUUGGGUUGAUACGAGCAAACAAAAGGGGAAACAUCGAAAAAUAAAUCAAUUUUGUUUCCUUUUCUGCUGCUGAUACUCUGGCUGUUGAAUUCCCCGAUCAGGGCUGCAGACAGCAUAAAAGACCGUUUGACUGCAUUUAAGCAGUAGUGGUAGAUUGUAGGUUGCGAAAUGCUCCACUGUUGUAAACACUAGUAAAUUCCCUGUUGUUACACGAAAGUUUUCAGAGCAUUCUCGCGGAACGAGAUUAAUAAUUUGAAGAUGUAAUAUCUGAAAACAGUUGUGUUGUAUUGUAUACACAGCUACACACACUACGAUAUGCUGCUUCCCCACAGUUGAACUGACUUGUUUCAAACUGAUUUAGGUUUUGAGCUUCUACUUGCGAUACAUUCAGUUCCUAGUUACCCAAAUUUUUUCAUAACAUCAUAAGAAGGAGGUCUUUGUGUUCAUGCCUUUAAUUCUUUUGCAGAUAUCGACUUGAAGUCGGCUCCAGCUUCACCAUAAAUGCGGGAGAAGGAUGCCUGCUGGGAGUACGGCGACAAGCUGGACGGGAACAGGGUCAGGUGCAAAUUCUGCCUCAAGAUUAUAAAUGGUGGUAUAAGCAGGUUCAAGUUUCAUCUGUCUCAAAUUCCAAGCAAAGGUGUCAACCCUUGUGUCAGGGUGAAGGAUGAUGUCAGGGAAAAGGUGAUUGCUCUCAUAGAAGCCAAGGAAUCGCAUAGGGAGCUUGAGCUUCUCAAGAGGAAACGUGUAGCUGAAUUGUCGGUACUUCCGAAAAGAACGCGGGAACUUCCAUCUCAGCCUUCAUCUCCAGGGCUGCCUACUUCACCUCCUAUUAUUCCUGCCGUCGAGACGACUCAGCUGCUUGGCCUGGAAGUGUCUCCUCCAGUACUGAGAACAUCUGGUGUUGUAAACAAACCGCGUCCAGCUUCAGGUUUGGAAGCAGAACGGUGCAUAGCUGAGUUCUUUUUCGAGAAUAAGUUGGACUAUAGUAUCGCAGACUCCGUUUCGUACAGGCAUAUGAUGGACACACUUGUUGGACAGGGGUUCCGAGGGCCAUCAGCCGAUGUUUUGAGAACAAAGUGGCUGCAGAAGCUCAAAUCAGAGGUUCUGCAGCGAACUCAGGAGAUAAAAAAGGAUUGGGUGACUACAGGUUGUACUAUAUUAGCCGAUUCGUGGACUGAUAACAAAUUAAAAGCUCUAAUCAACUUUUCUGUGUCGUCUCCACUUGGGACAUUCUUCCUCAAAACAGUAGAUGCUUCUCCACACAUGAAAAGCCACAGAGGGCUGUACGACCUUUUUGAUGAAGUGAUUCAGGAAGUUGGUCCAGACAAUGUGGUUCAAAUAAUCAGUGAUAAGAAUAUAAACUAUGGCAAUAUAGAUAAGCUGAUCGUGCAGAACUACAACACCAUUUUUUGGUCGCCCUGUGCUUCUUUUUGUGUGAACUCAAUGUUGGAUGAGUUUUCCAAGAUUGAUUGGGUGAACCAGUGCAUCUGUCAAGCGCAAUCCAUCACACGAUUUAUCUACAAUAACAAUUGGGUUCUUGAUCUUAUGAGAAAGUGUAUGGUAGGGCAGGAGCUUGUUUGCUCAGGGAUUACAAAGUCUGUAUCAGAUUUUCUCACUCUGCAGUCAUUGUUGAGGCACAGGUCAAAGCUGAAGCAAAUGUUUCACAGCUCUGACUAUGUAUCUUCACCAUAUGCAAAUAGAUCUCUUAGUAUAUCCUGCGUUGAGGUCCUCAAUGACGAGGAGUUUUGGCGAGCAGUCGAAGAGAUAGCGGCUGUUUCUGAACCACUAUUGAGGGUCAUGAGGGAUGUCUCAGGAGGCAAGGCUGCCAUUGGUUAUAUAUAUGAGUCUAUGACAAAGGUGAUGGACUCUAUUAGAACAUACUACAUAAUGGAUGAGAGCAAAUGCAAGUCAUUUCUGGACAUUGUGGAGCAAAAAUGGCAGGUAGAGUUGCACUCGCCUCUUCAUUCAGCAGCUGCUUUUCUGAACCCAAGCAUCCAGUAUAGUCCAGAAGUCAAAUUUUUCUCUAGUAUCAAGGAGGAGUUCUACCAUGUUCUGGAUAAAGUGCUUACAGCCCCAGACCAAAGGCAAGGUAUCACUUCUGAACUGCAUGCUUUCCGCAAGGCACAAGGGAUGUUUGCCUCCAACAUUGCUAAAGAGGCCCGCAACAACACCUCCCCAGGGAUGUGGUGGGAACAGUACGGCGAUUCAGCGCCAGCAUUGCAACAUGCUGCUGUAAGAAUAGUGAGUCAGGUCUGCAGCACCCUGACCUUCCAAAGGGACUGGAGUAUCAUCCUCCAGAGCUACUCUGAAAAGCGCAACAAGUUGGACAAAGAGGCAUUGGCCGACCAAGCCUACGUGCACUACAAUCGCAUGCUCCACUCUGACCCCAAAAUGACAACAAAGAAGAAAGGUGACGGGGAUCCGAUUGCGCUUGAUGAGAUCGACAUGACCUCGCCGUGGGUGGAGGAUUCAUCAGACAGCCCAAACCUUACCCAGUGGCUCGACAGGUUCCCAUCGGCCCUUGAUGGCGGAGACUUGAACACCAGGCAGUUUGGUGGAUCCAUCUUUGGCACCAAUGAUCUUUUCGGCUUAUGAUUGUUUUCAGUCCCAAGUCUGGCAGUUCACUCGUUCUGUUGUACAAGUGCUCGAUGUAUGUAACCUGAUCUUUAUUUAGUUUGAUGUUUGGUAGAUUAGAUUAUAGAUAUAUUUCUAUCCAGGUGAACCAGUACAUGUUAGUCUGCUAGUCGCAUUUAGGUUCAAACACAAGGACCUGGAGUGACCAUGAAAAUUGAUAUUUUGCUGGCCAUUUCUUUUACUGACGGGUCCUAGGAAAAGUGCUCUUGAUCUUGAUCUUAAUAUAAGAAUCUAGAGUAUGGACCAUGGAAUUGA